AUGGUCCGUGUUCGCAGCAAGAUCGUGAAGAAAGCAGCCAAGGUCAUCACCAAGAAAUACUACAUACACCUGGGCAACAACUUCCACACCAACAAGCAUGUGUGUGAGGCGAUCACCAUUAUCCCCAGCAAGAAGCUCCGAGCCCUGGCUGAUGCUAUGUCACAUUUGAUAAAGUGGAUUCAGAGAGGCCCCAUGAGAGGUAUCUCCAUCAUGCUGCAGGAUGAGGAGAGAGAGAGGAGAGAUAGUUUUGUUCCUGAUGUCCCAGCGCUGGAUCAGAAGAUCAUUGAAGUUGAUCCUGACACGAAGGAAAUACUGAAGCUCUUGGACUUUGGCAGUCUGUCCAACCUGCAGGUCACUCAGCCUACAGUUGGGAUUAAUUUCAAAACACUAUGUGGUGCCAUUUGA